AUGUCCGCUACUCCUACCAACAGACCUCCCCCCCUGAACCUAAAGCACGCAAUGAAAAACAUCAAGCACGAAAGCGACUCCGAGGCUCACAGGAUCUUCCGUGAGUACGCAGGACAUGCACCUAGAGGUCUUCUUCCCCAGACGGUGAACCCCGAUGAGGAGACUGUCCCCGGAAUCCAGCACCCGGGCAGCACCGGUGUUAUCUACUGCUCCGACCGUGCCAUGGCGAACGGCUUCUCGUACGCCUCGUCCCACGAAUGGGCCAACCUCGGUCAAGGUGCACCCGAAGUGGGACAGAUCCCAGAUUCCCCUGAAAAACCUCAGACCAUCUCUGUCCCCGUUGACUCGCUGGAGUAUGCACCGACGACGGGUGUGAAAGCGCUUCGCGAGGCUGUCGCGAACCUUUACAACUACACAUAUCGCAAGGGCAAAGCCAGUCAAUACACCUAUGAGAACGUGUGCAUUGUCCCUGGUGGACGUGCUGGCUUGUCUCGAGUCGCUGCAGUCAUCGGUGAUGUCUACACUUCUUACCAGGUCCCUGAUUACACUGCCUACGAUCAAGUCCUUGGUGCAUUCAAGCGUCUGGUCCCCGUGCCCACAACUCUUGAAGCAGAGGAUAACUAUCAUCUCAACAUUCAGCAGACAAGGAAAGACAUCCGGACCCAGGGUCUGCAAGUAAUUCUCGCAUCUAACCCUCGUAACCCUACCGGGCAGGUCAUUCGUGAUGGGGAGCUCAAGGAGCUGGUCGAACUUGCCCGUGAUACCACCACGACGCUCGUCCUUGAUGAGUUUUACUCAUGGUACAUCUACCCGGAAAAGGAAGAGGAUUACGGAAAGUCUGUCUCCUGCGCAGAAUUCAUCGAUGAUGUCAAUUCUGAUCCCGUAGUUAUUGUUGAUGGGCUCACAAAGAAUUGGCGUCUUCCCGGCUGGCGAGUUUGCUGGGUUAUGGGCCCAAAAAACCUGAUCACUGCUCUUUCUCAAUCUGGCUCCUUCCUCGAUGGAGGCGCUAAUCACCCCCUCCAGCUUGCGGCUAUUCCGCUCCUUGAUCCUGAGCGUGUCUUGGUAGAGAAGCUGUCCCUCCAAAGGCACUUCAAGCACAAGCGCGACCAUGUCUUGAAACGACUUGAACAACUCGGGCUGAAGGUAAAGGUCCCGCCGCAAGCGACCUUUUACAUCUGGCUCGACCUUGCCGAUCUCCCUCCUCCGCUGAACAAUGGCCUCACGUUCUUCGAGGAGCUGUUGAAGGAAAAGACUAUCGUCAUCCCGGGUAUCUUCUUCGAUAUCAACCCCUCGCACCGCAGGAAUCUGUUCCUCUCUCCAUGCCACCACUUCGUGCGUCUUUCAUUCGGUCCCCCGCUCGAGGACCUUGACAAGGGUCUCGAUGCCAUGUCCCGCGUGUUGCGCAAUGCGAGGCAAGGCACGCGUCACUUUGGCCACAGCUACAAGAAAAGCAUCGAUUCCCCCACUGCGCUCUCACACCAUAUUUGA